AUGGCAAAUUGGUUACUCCAGGCUGCUCACUUCACUUCAACAAAUUGAGUCAUCCAUUUUUUUGUGCAUCUCCGAUUCUCCCCUAUAUAUCCAAAUCACCCCCCACCGAUUCUCUCACUGCUCACUUCCAAUGGCCGACUCCGAUUGCAAAACCCACGAUUCCCAAACCCUUGUAGAUGGCAACCUCCUCGCCGCUAAAUCUUUCGCGGCCGCCGGCAUCACGCACAUGUUUGGCGUUGUUGGCAUUCCGGUCACCUCAUUCGCCAACCGCGCCGUGUCUAUGGGCAUCCGCUUCCUCGCUUUCCACAACGAGCAAUCGGCGGGCUACGCUGCCUCCGCCUACGGCUACCUUACCGGCAAGCCCGGCCUCCUUCUCACCGUCUCCGGCCCCGGCUGCGUCCACGGCCUCGCCGGGCUCUCCAACGCCGCCGUCAACGCUUGGCCUAUGGUGUUGAUUUCUGGCUCCUGCGACCAGGCCGACUUCGGUCGCGGCGACUUCCAGGAGCUUGAUCAGGUGGCCGUCGUUAGGCCUUUCUCCAAGUUCUCUGCAAAAGCCACUGAUAUUUCCCAAAUACCUAAUUGCGUUUUUAAAGUCCUGGAUCAAGCUCUUUCGGGUCGGCCUGGUGGUUGUUACUUGGAUCUUCCAACGGAUGUUCUCCACCAAACUGUUUCUCAAUCCGAGGCCGAGAGUCUGUUGGCUGCUGCUGAAAAAUCUAGGGCAAAGCCACAAUUUCCAUCUGUCGAGAGUUCACUGAUCGAGAAGGCAGUUUCUCUGCUCAGACACGCCGAAAGGCCUCUCAUUGUGUUCGGAAAGGGGGCGGCGUUUGCGCGUGCUGAGAAUUCGAUAACAAAGCUGGUGGAGAGCACUGGGAUUCCGUUUUUGCCAACUCCAAUGGGGAAGGGAUUGUUGCCAGAUACGCACGAGCUCGCGGCUACAGCAGCGCGGUCGCUUGCUAUUGGUAAAUGCGACGUUGCGCUUGUAGUUGGUGCGCGGCUGAACUGGUUGUUGCACUUUGGGGAGCCUCCCAAGUGGUCUAAGGAUGUGAAAUUUAUUUUGGUUGAUGUGUGUGAGGAAGAAAUUCAGUUGAGGAAACCAUGUUUGGGUUUGGCUGGGGAUGCAAAGCAGGUGUUGGAUAUGAUCAAUUUGGAGAUUAAGGACGACCCCUUUUGUUUGGGGAAGUCUCAUCCAUGGGUUGAGGCCAUUUCAAAGAAGGCUAGGGAUAAUGUGUCCAGGAUGGAGGCUCAGUUGGCGAAGGAUGUUGUGCCUUUUAAUUUUCUUACGCCCAUGAGGAUUAUCAGAGAUGCAAUCCUGGGAGUGGGUAGCCCUGCUCCAAUAUUAGUUUCAGAAGGGGCGAAUACCAUGGAUGUUGGGAGGUCAGUGUUGAUUCAGACGGAGCCGAGGACCAGGUUGGAUGCAGGGACUUGGGGGACGAUGGGGGUUGGUUUAGGUUACUGCAUUGCUGCUGCUGUAGCUUCACCUGAUCGCCUUGUGGUUGCAGUUGAAGGUGACUCUGGAUUCGGUUUCAGUGCCAUGGAAGUUGAGACAUUGGUGCGAUACCAGUUGCCAGUGGUGGUGAUUGUUUUUAACAAUGGUGGUGUAUAUGGUGGUGAUCGGAGAAACCCUGAAGAGGUUACAGGGCCUUACAAAGAUGAUCCAGCACCCACUUCUUUUGUUCCAGGUGCAGCAUAUCAUGUUCUAAUUGAAGCCUUUGGAGGCAAGGGCUAUCUUGUUGGAACACCUGAUGAACUAAAGUCUGCCCUUGCUGAAUCUUUUUCUUCAAGGAAACCAGCUGUGAUAAACGUUACAAUUGAUCCUUAUGCUGGUGCAGAGAGUGGGAGGAUGCAACACAAAAACUGAGAGUUGUUAGUUACAGAUAGCAUGAAAUACACGAAUAUCACAUCUUAGUGCUAUCUGAGGCAGUCUCUCAUCUUAGUCUUUCUGAGGCAGUCACAGAGACGUCAAAUAACAUGAAAUAAAUGCGGGGAAUUGAAGGGGAGUGAGACAUCAUGUUUGUCUAUCCUGUCAUAGAUGCUGCAGCAGGUAGAUACAUGAUUGUAAUGGACUCUAUAUUCAAGUUUUCAAUUUAUCAUUUCUUUGUUGUGAUCAAAAUUGCAUGUUACAGUGAUAAUGAUUGAAGAAGUGUUGCUUCAAUUUUCCUUGUUUUGAUUUGGUAACUGAA